CUUAUCUCAUUAUCACAACAAGGUCACUUUAUCAACGUUCUAAACUGACAACCUACUGUAAAAUUUAAUAAUAUUUUGACCUUUUGAAAAGGAAUAUUGUGUAUUAUUAGAAUGACGGUUAAGAAAAAUUACUUAGUAGUUUUAAUUCUGGUCUGUUGUGGCUACUGCAAGGCAAACUCUGAAAUUGAAUGCAAGAAUUUGAAAGAGGAAGUUCAGACGUUACGCGAAGAACUUCGUGUAGUAAACAAAGCGUUUACAGAUACCAGUUCCGAAAAUAAGGCAUUACGAAAGGAAUUUCAAAUUCUUCAGACUGAAUUCCGAGUAUUAAAGCAGAGUUCCAAUCAUGAAGAAAAAAGAUUUGUGGCUGAUGGAAAAAUGGAUGUUGCGGCAAUUGUUGCUAAGCUUGAGAAAGAUGUUAAGAUGUUGACUGACGGUAUUGGAAGUACUUACGUAAGAUGGGGCAGAACAACAUGCCCUGGCAAUACAACGGUAGUUUACAAAGGAUUUAUGGGUGGAAAUAUCUACAAUGAUAAUGGAGGCCCUGCAAACUACUUGUGCUUACCGGAAGACCCUUCAUGGGCAAAAUAUCAAGAUGGUAUACAGAAUGAAGGAAACACGAUAUACGGCUCAGAGUACGAAUAUUACGGGAACUUUCAUCCAUUUCCUCAAAAUAUGGUGGACGAGGAUAUUCCAUGUGCUGUGUGUAGCACUAAAAGACCAAUGAAUAUAAUGGUUCCUGCUAGGACUAGAUGUCAUUCCGGUUGGCAUUUAGAAUACACAGGCUAUCUCAUGACAAUAUCCGAAUAUCAUCCCGCAGCAGGAGAAUACAUUUGUAUGGACGGUAAUCCUGAACCGAUUCCACACGGAAGUGCAAACACGAAUGGAAAUGUCAUGUACUUCGUUGAGGCUAUCUGCGGAACACUACCCUGUCUUCCCUAUGUUGAUGGCCGUGAACUUGCUUGCUCCGUUUGCAGCAAAUAAUAUCCGGAGUUGUUUAAAGUUGAAAAUAUCCAAUAAAUUUACGAAAUAUUUGCUUUU